AGAGAGAGCACCCCGGAGGCAAUAACCAGUCGCUGCCAACCCAUCACCACCAGUCAGUGCAUAAGCAACAGUGUGCGAGGGAGGAGGUGCCGCGUCACGUCUGCCCUGCCUCCAGUGAACUUCCUCUGUUCUUCUCCCUUCCACCAGACACACGGAGGAAGAGGAAGAAAGAAGAAAGGAAAGAAGGAAAAUUAAGAGAGAGAGAGAGAGAGAGAGAGAGAGAGACACCUCACUCGCACACAAUUGAGAAAAAAGAGGAAGAAAAUCAGUAAUAAUAUCGAAGUUACUUGUUUCCCAUUUUCUUCAUUGUUCACGUGUAACAAAAAACGGAACAUUGAGAAUUAAAUACAAAUACAAAUAAUAAUAAUAAUCGAAAAAUGCACGUAAGGCUCAAAAUACUAGUGUUAUGAGUGGGAGUUUUAACCUUAGCGGGUGAAAGAGGAUAGGCCUUGUCACUGGAGUUGCUUAGGCCUAUAUAUAGCCUACGGGAAAUUCAAGGGAGGCCGUGGAAGGACUGCAGGCUACUACUAUACUACUACUACUACUACUACUACUACUACUACUACUACCUAUCAUAAAAAAAACGGCGUAACUAUUUUUCAUGGACGUAUAAAGCAUCGAAUCGUCUAAGAAGGGAUUCGAAACGGGAUCAAACUCUCUUUCUGUGACUGGAGGUAGAUUUAAGUUGGCAAUCUUACGGUAAUAGUGUUGGUGUGUAUAUUUACUCGUGACACCUUAGCGUUACCGUACUGAGAGUGUUCAAGUCACUUUUUAGAGGUUUGGAUCGUGUUUUUAGUGUUCAUGUUAUAGGAUUUGAGUUGCGGCAGUUGUUGAUAAGUUCAUUUCGAUAGUUGUAGUAGUAGUUUAGUUAAUAUUUAGUUAGAAAAAUUCAUUACAAAAGUUUGCAUUCCUAAUAGUGAAGGAUGGUAGUGGUUAACAUGCCGCUGGGAAAUUAUUAGUGAAGUAUGUAGGGAAAUAAUUUAGUGAACCCCAUUAAAAGAUUAGUAGUAACAGGAAAAGAGGAUAAGAAGGAAAAGAAAAUAGGCAACCAGAACGAAACCACGAAAGAAAGAGAAAGAGAGAGGAACAAAAAAGAAAACGAAAAUUAACACAGAUUUUAGUCAAUUUGAGAGAAGAAGAAAAUAAACGAAAACAACAGAAAAGAAAUUCAUAAGGAAGAGAGAAAGAAAGAGAGACAAGAAUAUAUAAACAACAAAAACAAAGAAACAAAAGCUAGAGUAAAACGAGCUGCAGAGAGAGAGAGAUAAAAGAAAGACGCAAGAAUAACAAAAAAAAAAUAGACAAACGAAGAAAACAAGCAAAGAAGGAAACCACACAAGAAAAGAAGAAAAACAGCAACUUCACCACAACACCACCACAAACAUGGCUAGCGCACACGAAGAUUUCACCACCACCACCAACCGCGCCACACCAGCGGACGCAAUGACAGCCAGCCACGGGGAGAUCCAAGCCUUAGCUAAAGAAAACGGAGAUGAAACCAGCGAUAACUCCUCACAAUCGGGCGGAGUCAAACUGAAGAAGGAACUUGGAUUAAUGGACGGCGUUGGUAUUAUCGUUGGUAUUAUCAUCGGCUCUGGUAUCUUCGUGUCCCCCAAGGGCGUGUUGGAGUACAGCGGCUCCGUGGGCGUGGGGCUGGUGGUGUGGGCGGUGUCCGGGCUGCUGUCCAUGGUUGGCGCUCUCUGCUACGCCGAACUGGGUACGAUGAUUCCCAAGAGCGGUGGUGACUACGCUUACAUUCACGAGGCGUUCGGACCCUUGCCGGCCUUCCUGUACCUGUGGGUGGCGCUGGUGAUCAUCAUGCCCACAGGUAACACGGUCAUCGCCCUCACCUUCGCCAACUACAUCCUGCAGCCGCUGUUCCAUACCUGCGAGGAGCCGCCAGAUAUUCUCGUCAGGAUGAUCGCCGCUCUUGUUAUAUGCUUCCUCACGUGGAUUAAUUGCACCAACGUCAAAUGGGCCACGAAAGUUCAGGACGUGUUUACAGCCGCUAAGAUUCUGGCCCUCGUCAUCAUCAUUAUCGCGGGCAUCUACCACCUGUCUAUGGGGAACCUGGACAACUAUCAGAGGCCCUUCGAAAACACCAACUGGGACAUCGCAGCCUUCGCCACCGCCUUCUACCAGGGCCUCUUCUCCUUCGCUGGCUGGAAUUACUUAAACUUCGUAGUGGAGGAACUGAAGAACCCAUACAGAAACUUGCCCAAAGCCAUCAUGAUCUCAAUGCCUCUCGUCACCAUCAUCUAUUUCUUCGCCAACCUCGCAUACUUCGCUGUGCUGACGCGCUCCGAGAUCCUGUCGUCCAACGCUGUGGCUGUGUCAUUCGGCAACCGGAUGCUGGGUGUGAUGCGGUGGACAAUGCCUUUCUUCGUGGCGUGCUCCACCUUCGGGAGUCUCAAUGGCGGGAUCUUCGCUUCCUCGCGCCUCUUCUUCGUCGGGGCGCGUCAAGGCCAUCUCCCUCAGAUCCUCUCUCUCAUCAACAUCAAAAACUACACGCCGGUGCCCUCUCUGCUCUUCCUGGGGUUGAUGACGCUGUUCAUGCUGAUCACGUCGGACAUGCAGGUGCUCAUCAACUACAUCUCCUUCACUGAGUCGCUCUUCAUCCUGAUGUCCAUCGCCGCCCUGCUGUGGCUGCGCUACCGUGACCCGCACCGCACCCGCCCCAUCAAGGUGUGGAUCGGCUUCCCCAUCCUCUUCUUCGUCAUCUGCCUCUUCCUGGUGGUGCUGCCCAUCAUCCAGCGGCCUAUCGAGCUCGGCGUGGCCAUUGGCAUCAUAUCCAUCGGCAUCCCCGUCUACUACUUGGGCAUCCACAAGGAACACUCCGAGAGAUUCACCAACCUCAUGGGGAAGGCCAUGUUUGCCAGCCAGGUGCUGACGAUGGGGCUGCCGGAGGAGAAGAAUGAAUGAUGCACGUUGAGAGACUGGACUAAACAUGAGGAGGAAGAUACACAGCAAUGCGAGAAAAGAAGUAGAUGAGGAAGGCUCUUGAAACUGACCACUGUUUAUUGGCAGGGAGUACUGACGAAGGAAAGUUUAAGCAGCAGGAACAGGGAUAUGGUCUAAGGAAGCUGUGGAAAGUUACAAAGAAUUAGGAGGAAAUGAAUGCAGGAAAGAGAGAGAGAAAAACACUAAUAACGAUGAAGAAAACAGGAUAUAGGUGUCCUCCUGAGAAAUGCUGUUACAACUAGACCUUGUGAAGAGAAAUGUUGAAAAGAAAUGUCACACAGAAAAGCAUCACCAUGAAAAAAUCACCAGUAUUAUUUCACCACUGAUUUUCUGAAGACCUGCAAUAGGCACAGCUUGGGAAGGGAGAUGUGGCACUAUGCAUUUGUUAUAUUGUUCUGAGGUGUGUUGGUGACUUGUGUUGGUGACCGGCCAGGUGAGUGUGGCCUUUUCAUUUCUUACGUGGUCUUGAUGUACAUAUGGGUGGACAUCCACUUGGUGCAUCAUAACUAGCCAUGCCACAGCCCUAGACAAGGUACAUUAUGCAUAUUGUGAAGGGAAAGACUAACCUGGUGUGAUAUUCAUGUUCUGCUGUUGAAAUGUUUAGGUUUAGUGUUUACGAGAAAUAUAUUUGUUCAUUGUUCGGAAAAGAAUGAUGCAGCUAACAAGUCUUUAUAGAGAGUGAUGACCUCAAAGCAACCAAAGAGGGAAUGCAGACUGGUUCUAUGGUGACUUGCAAAUAUAGAGAAUGUGUUCAUGUACAUAGGAGACUUGUUAUUGGUGUGCCGAGAAGCCAUCAUGCGUUCCUGAGUGGAGGGUCCUUAGUGCAGCAUGACAAUUGUGAGGAGGAAGGUGUUAGUGUAUUGAGGUGUCGUCUUCCUAUCAGGGUCCAAAGUGUCCUUACAGAGGUGAAUGUCGCCUCACCACUGGCUCUUCCACAUUGCUGUGUAAAUAAUGUUAAGGACACAGGUACUUGUGAUACACUUUCCAGGUUGUCAUGUGUCCCUUCUCUAUGUGUACCUAUUGUCUGCUGGCAUGUGUGUGUGUCAUUCUUGUUCUGCCAGUGAAACAUUUCCAGACAUCACAUUUCAUUUUUGUAUUAUUUUCUACUCAGGAUGUGCAUAAUGGUGGAGGGUGUGGUGGAGUGCAGUGUGCUCUCCCUUUGAAGCUUCACUGAAACUCUGAGAAACUUAUGUGAGGGCAGGAAACUGGGUAUAGGAGGCUGCUACUGUGAGACUGCCAAUCACACCAGACUAUCAAGGCCUGAGUGAGUGUUGGCUGUACCGACUCGUGUGUGUACGUUGUUGGUGGCAGAGUGAGCAGUAAUCAUUCUCAGGAGGGCCAGCAGACCAGUGUAAUGCUGCAGACUCCAACAGAAGGACUGAAUUGUUGUUGAUGCCUUCACACUGCAGCGAGUCUGGAGUCCAGAGUGUGGAGACUUGAGGGAAGAGUAACACUGACACAGCCAUUCCCUCUCCACUGACCAGCUCAUCUCAUGUUUGUUUGUUGUUAAGGAAUACAGAUGGAGAAUUUAUUUAAGUGUAUUGCUUGCAUAUACUUGUUGAUGUUUCUUAUAAUUUAUGUCAAUUCUCAGUACAGUAUUGUAUAUUGUGUGUCUGAUUGUUGUCGUAGCAAAACUGUAGCUUGGUGCGUUGCUGCCUGGUGACGACGUGUGGUGCUACACAUGUGCACUUGCCUUUCACUCUUUGCUUUGUCACUGCAUUUCUUUUUUUCUCUAUUUGCCUUUCUCAUUUCACUUUUAUUCAUGUUUCUUUCUAGGUCACAUUCUUGUCUGUUGUUUCUAUCAUCUUUUUACUUUUUUCUUUUUGGUGUUUGUCAUGGCUUCAGUAUGGCUCUCUCUCCUGAUAUUCUUAUAAUAACAAGCAAGAACGUUUGAUUGAACUAUUGACUUACAAACGAACCAGAGCAGAUGGCCUGUAUGAAGGAAAAACACUGAAAGUAAUACUGGAGUGUAAGUGACAAUAUACUGAACCUUGUUGUUGCGGGGUUAUUGAUCAUCCUUGACCCUUUAUGACGCAGCCUUGACCUUAGAUCGCUUACUCUACCUGUCCUUUUUCCCCAGAUCGGCACGGUUAAAGAGUGACAAAAACAAUGAUCUUUCUCCGUCAGUAGUUACUUUACUGUGCCUAAAACUGACUGACCUUAAAACCCACAGCCCUAUGUUUUUACUUUUCAAAUUAUCCUAAAGAUGAAAAUGAAAGUAAUGACCCUUAUCCAUCAGUAUUAACACUACCACCCAUGACCUUUUUUGAUGCUAUGACCUUGACUCACUCACCUAGAUCGUAACUUUCCUGAACUAUAGACAUUGUUGUUGUUGUUGUUGUUGGACUUGUGGUGAUAACUGUUUGGUGUCUGAAAGCUGUGACCGUGUUAUUUUGUUUAAGCUGAGUGACAAGUUGGCUUUCUUUGUGGUGCAGUUAUGGCAGACUCUUGAUGUGUCUGUUACACACUUCACUUGCUGCAACAGUUGGUGAAGUCAUAAAAUUUCCAAGAUAUUACAGUGUUGCCAUGUAAUGCAUCAUACUCUUGUGUUGUGUUCAUUGUCUCUCCUCACGUGUUGGUGUUCCCUCAGUGUUAUUGUGUGAUCAUCGUCAUCAUUCAUCCUCCUCGUCUCUCAUGACUUCUUUGUGGCAGCAUUUCCGUGUUACUGGAUUUGACAAGUUUGUUAAUAUUAAUCCUGCUUGUGGUGAUGGGAAGUAGUUUUAACUUUUUGCUAUUUUCUCUUGGUGAUGGUUUUUUAUUUGUUGUUGAUUUUUGUUGGGGACUUGUAUGCUCAUGUGCCAUACUGGAUAUAAACGUACAUAUAUUUUCUAAGCUUUGCUAUGUGUAUAUGGCUCAAACCCUGCACAGGAAGGUCUUUACACAAAACUGUGAUACAUUUGUGGUGUCUUUGCACCAUCUGCCUUGCCUCAGCUGGUUCUUCACUCUAUUACUGUAUGAAGCACAGCAAGCACAGCAAGCACUGAGGCUGGCUGGGGUGCUGCACUGCUGGCCGAGUGGUGAUGGAUGCCUUGUUGUUCUUUAUUGUUGACAUUUUCAGAAUUUUUAUACCCGCUGUGUCAGACAAUGUUAGGACAGAACAGAAGACAGAAGACACACGUGGCAGCCCGGCAGUCUGUUCAGUGGCUGGCUGUGGUGAUGUCUGGCUCACUCACCGACUGACCCGAUAAUCACUCUUAUACAUUCGUCUUGUUUGUAUAGUGUAUAGCUACAGUGUAAAUACUGACCCUUGGCCUGUGUCCGUGUCCCUGUAGGUGCCUCACCAGGUGAAUGUCUGUGGCACUCGCCUGCCUCACCUGUGUGAGCGACAGACACCACACAGGAGCAGUGCCUUCAUUUUGUACAUGCACAUGUGUAUAACCUUUUAAAAAUCUAUUGCUAGAAUUUCACUUUCUUUGUGUUUCAAAUGGGAGAAGAUAAAUUUAAAUUAUCUUGAACUUUUGUUGUUGUGUUCAAAUACUAAUUGAUAUUAACUAGUUGAGUUAGAACUUUAUAUUCUUUACAUGUAUUCCAAGUAUAUGAUGCACCUACUCACCACAACUCAAGUCCUGACUGGAUAACAGCCCUGUCUUGCCGCAGCCAUGCCUCUCCAACCUCCCCCGCCUCCCCAGGCAUCAAAGGCCAGGCUAAGCAACCAAACUUGUUCACUGGGGUCGGGCGGCAGAGUGCCACUGUGCUGGCUAACGCAGGGCAGGAGAGCUUCAGUGUGUGUGUGUGUGUGUGUGUGUGUGUGUGUGUGUGUGUGUGUGUGUGUGUGUGUGUGUGUAUCACAAAUGUUGUGUAUGAAUAUAUGGUUGGGAAUGACUCACAAAAUUGAAUUGUAUGUCUCUUGUUUCAUUGUAUGGAUUGUGAGAACAGUAAUACAUUUGCCAGUUAAUGCUGUUUGAAAAUUGAGUUUGAGGUGAAUGUAUGACUUGUGUGGUGGACUAAAUGACUCUCUCUCUCUCUCUCUCUCUCUCUCUCUCUCUCUCUCUCUCUCUCUCUCUCUCUCUCUCUCUCUCUCUCUCUGGUGCAUCAUUUACUAAGUUCUCAGCAUUGUACGUAUCAAGGAUAACAUUAAGUAUUUUUAUAAGUUUCUUUAAAAUAUGUAAAAUGGUUAUAUACGGAAAUUAAUAAAGAAAUGAAAAUGUAA